AGUAAUCAGUGAAACAAUCUUCAAUUCAAUUCAGUGAAAUGGGAUUGAAUCAAGUAGAGAAAAUACUUCCGGGAGCUCGUUGGCUUCGUGGAUACACAGCGCAGUUUUUCAUUUCUGAUUUGAUUGCUGGCAUCACUGUUGGAUUAACUGUAUUACCACAAGGUCUCGCGUAUUCAACAUUAGCAGGAUUAGAUCCUCAAUAUGGUCUUUACUCAGCAUUUAUUGGAGGAGUUGUCUAUGCAUUACUUGGAGGAUGUCGAGAGGUGACAAUCGGACCAACAGCUCUCUUAGCUCUCAUGACAAGUCGUCAUACCGGAUUAGGUGGUGUUUCUGGACCACAUUUAGCUGUUCUACUAUGUUUUCUCUCUGGAUUGGUUGAACUUCUCAUGGCUUUUUUAAGAUUAGGUGCUUUAGUCGAUCUGAUCUCACUGCCAGUUACUGUCGGAUUUACAUCCGCCACAGCACUAAUUAUUGGUGCAUCACAACUUAAAGGAUUGCUUGGUAUUCAAGGAAGCUCAGGUGAUUCAGGCUUUCUCUCAACAAUAUCAUAUGUUAUCUCGAAAUUUCAUGAAUUAAGCCCUACAGACGCUUUACUUGGUGUUGGAUCUAUAACAAUCCUAUUGAUUUUACGAAAACUCAAAGAUAUAAAAACACCGGAAAAUGCAUCAAAUGAAAGAAAAUUCUUUGGCGGAUUGUUAUGGUUGAUUUCAACAGCAAGGAAUGCAAUUCUCGUUUUAUUCUCAAGUCUUGUUGCAUAUCAUGCACAUCAAAAUGGGCAGAUGCCGUUCAUUCUUACAGGAAAAGUAAGACCAGGAUUACCAGAAAUGCAUUUACCACCGUUUGAAACUUCAUUUCCUCUUUCCAAUGGAACAGUAGUUGAAAUGGGUUUUAUUGAUAUGGUAAGUGAGCUUGGAUCUUCAAUCGCUCUUGUUCCCAUCAUUGCAGUAUUAGGAAAUGUUGCAAUCUCGAAAGCUUUUGGUGGAACAGGCGUUGAUGCAACACAAGAGUUAAUCGCUUUAUCUCUUAGCAAUAUUAUUGGAUCAUUCUUUUCAUCCAUACCCGUCACAGGAAGUUUCUCUCGCAGUGCUGUAAAUCAUGCUUCAGGGGUGCGAACUCCUAUUGGUGGAAUCUACACUGGCGCUUUAGUUCUUUUUUCUCUCGGAUUUCUUACCCCUUAUUUCCCGUACAUGCCACGAGCGGCAUUGUCUGCGGUCAUCAUCUCUGCUGUGAUUUUCAUGAUUGAAUAUGAAGUUGUGAAACCUCUUUGGAGAUGUUCACGACGUGAAUUACUUACCGUUGCUUUAACUCUCAUUCUGAGUCUUUGUGUGAGUGUCGAAAUUGGUUUAAUUUCAGGCGUUUUUCUAGACGUUGCUUUUCUUGUUCAAAGAACAGCACGACCUGUAUUGACAUUUGAUCAUUGUGAAACAGAAUCAAGAGUUGAAUAUAUGAUGGUUAAACCUCGACACAGUUUACUUUGUUUUCCUGCUGUUGAACAUGUUAGAAAUGGAAUCAAUCGUGCCAUUCAAGUGAGAGAAAAAUUCACAAAUUUAAUUGUUUUUGAUUGUCGGAAUGUUCAAGAAUUAGAUUAUACAGCAGCAAAAGGAAUUGGGUCCCUUAAGAAAGAGCUUGAAAAUAGAAGUAUUCAUUUGAUUCUCUUAGGGCCGUCGGAUGAUGUAAAACUCGUAUUAAAAGGGUCACUUAAAGGCAACAACGUCCAACAUGUUGAUAAUGAUAACGAACUUGACAACAUAUUUCAAGAACUAACAUCUCAUAGAAAUGAAUUAAAAGAAAUCGUUGCUCCGCUUCUAGAGCAGAAAAAUGAUGAUGAUAUUACAAUUAUGAAUGCGACGUCCAUUAGAAAAUGA